UGUAAUGCACUUUUAUUUUUGAAGGAUACGAUGUUUAUCUGUCAUGAGAUUCUUCCACUGCUAAAGGAACAGAUCUCAGUUCUUUUCUCUAGUUGAGCACGAGAAAAAAUUGAAGAUGUCCAAUUGCACGCUGAACAUCACUACGGGCAUCCAGAACUUCCAGCUGGCCGCACUCAUACCCACCUUCAUCCUCGGUGUCCCGGGAAACAUUUACGUCUUAGUGAUGUUCUGCCGCCGUCCCAGAACCGACUGGACCUACAUGAAGAUCUACAUUAGCAACAUGGCGAUCGCCGACUGCGUCGUGCUCAUGCUUCUGCCCGUCCGCAUCGCGUCCUACAUCUGGGACAGUUCGGGACUCAGUGGCCAAAACUACAAGGAGCUGUGUUACGUCCUCGUGUCGGUUUAUUACGUCAACAUGUACGUCAGCAUCUUCACGGUCACCGCGAUAAGCGUCGUGCGCUACGUGGCCAUCAAGUAUCCGUUAAAAGCCCGGGAAAUUUUAUGUUGUAGAAACGCGCUGGUGGUUUGCGCGCUCAUUUGGCUGGUCACGUGCUCGUUCAGCGCCGCGUUCCACCGCGUGGACCAACCGAAACAAAACACUACGAUCAAGUGCUUUCAGAAAAACAAAGAAGAGGAAUUACCGUUGGCCUUCAUUUUGGUUAUAAACAUCAUUGGGUUCCUGGUGCCGUUCCUUAUUAUGUUGUUCUGCUCCGUUACAGUCAUUUUGAAGUUAAAGAAACAGUUAGCAAUCGGAUCCCGCUGCGAGAAGCUCCAGUGUAUGUUCAUCAUGGCCGCCAAUCUGGCUGUUUUCGUCAUAUGUUUUUUUCCCAUCCACUUCGGCUUCUUCCUCAAGUACGUCACGCAGGCUCAUAGGCACGAGUGUGGCGUGCAGUUUUUCGCACAUAACUUCGUUCACGGCGCGAUGUGCGUGUCCAGCAUGAACUGCGCUCUCGACUGCUUCAGUUAUUAUUUUGCCACCAAAACAUCGUGGAAACUGUGCACCUCGAAACAAACUGCGAGAGAGGAAUAUAAGUGCAAUUAUUACAGGGUCGCACAAUGACUUCUGGGAAACUUCCCUGCUGGAAAAACCAGCUAAAUCCAGUCUAAACUGGUGGCUAA